AUGAUGCAUCAGCUCUUGGGAUCGCUUCGCCUUGAGAAGUGCAACGCCAGGGGAAGUUGCAUGGGAAAUACAAGGGCUCGGCAUGCAAAAGAGGGCCACAAUGGCGACAUGGAGGAUGACACGGCCCAGGAGGUGGAGUACGUCCCCGCCACGUACCUACAGGGGAAGUACGUGCUGUUGUAUCUGCACGACCCCACAGGGAGUGGCAUUGAUGCUCAAAAACCUACGACAGCUCCUGUGCUCCCCUCCCCUCCGCUGAGCACGGGACACAGCAGUCUCUCUCAAUCCCCUCCGGCAACAUGCGGCACAUCUACUGCCGCGAAAACGCCACAGACAAGCGUGGCUUUUACGGCGACCCGUCCCAUGCAGAAUGAGGAUGCCACAACCGCUGGUAAUAGUAGGGUGCAAACCCGCAUCAAGUCGCUUCUAUACACAUUUUGUGGAUCAUUGAUACGACAACUAGAGGCGGCUUCCUCUCAAGAAGGGAAUACGGUGUGCCCCGUUGCCAUUUUUGAAGUACGCCAACCUAACCAUACAGAUAACCUCUCGCCGUCGGCUCAACCAUCUGAUGAACAACCGGCCGUUGCCACAGCUGCGGCGACUGCACCAGCCGAAGCAUCAACUGAUGGUCGCAAGAGCAGCGGCUCCGACGAUGGGAAGGAUGCAGCUUCUCUCUCUCCGACGAAGGUUGUGGGGGCUGGUUCAGUCUUUAUUGAGUCGUCACUUGGUACAGAACCCGUGUCUGAUACCGUGGUGAAUAGUAGUCCAUUUUUCGCUGGUUGGUUCUCUUUGGAAAGUGCAGCAGCGUACAGGCAGGUCGUCCAAACCUUUAGUGUAACCUCAUGGCCGUUGGUACUGCUUUUCGAUCCGUUUGGGAAAUUACUGACAAGCCGCACGUUGGACCACAUCGAACGGGAGAGAGAAUUCACUAAGAAGGUGGGAGACCAGCUGCUUUCGCUCCCAGUAUCGAUAGCCGGGGCGAAGGCUGAGCGCCACGCUGCAGAGUUUCAUUUGCGCUUUCCGUGGGUCGCGGAGGAGGCUGAGAUCGCUGGAGGCGCCGUUGUGGGGAGAAGGGGGAACACCUUUCCGUUUUUGCCGCUUCUCAGACGCGUCGUUCAGGAGGCACGUCGUGUGGGGGACCUCCUUGAUGAUGAGGCGGCCAUCGCUCAGCCCGAGACGGAGGCAGAUGAGGAGAGGAAGGAGGAUGAGGCGGAUGAUAAAUGGAACGCGUCUCUGGAAGGGGCGACCCACCUGGCUUUGUACUUUGGCAGCGGGUGGCACCCCGCCUCGGGCCGCUUCUUGCCGCGGCUGCGUCGCUUGUGGCUCACGGUCAAUGAAGGCAAUGACGGCAGUGACAGUGACGGUGACGACGACGACGACGACGAGAAGGCGGGCACCUGGGGAAUGAGCAGCAAGGCGCUCAACAUGUUUGGUUUCGGUGGAUUUUUCUCCUCUGCGUCACAGGGUCUGCUUUCUUAUCAGAUGGGGGCCUUUGGUGAUCACCAUGACAUCACCAGCGUGUUGGAAAGCGAGCCACUGGGUUUCUCGUCAAAGUGCUCAUCCCCGAAGACAACACCACAUAGUUCACCAAAGAGGAAGGGGUUCGACAUGUCUAGCCCAUUGACGCUCCCGGAAAGGUUAUCAUCAUUGAAGGCUCCACAUGAGUUUCCAACCUACGAACAGCAUCAAGAAGAUGAGGAAGAAAAAAAUCAUCAAGCACCGCGUCUUACACGCUUCCAGGUUGUUUGCAUCAGCUGCGACUCGGAGAGGGAACAACUCUGUUCUUUGCUUAGCGAUGCCCCGUCGUCGUGGCUCUGUAUUUCAUCAGUUUUCGGGCCUAGCCAAAAUGCACUAGUUGAGGCAUGUCUUGAAGCUUUUGACGUUCAUGUAUUUCCGCGUCUUGUUGUCGUGGAGACUGGCCGUAAAAAUGAUCUGUCAUGGUCUUCCAGUGAAGUUUCCCAGCUGAAGCCGUCCUCGGACACCACUGUGAAUGUUGUGUUGGCGCGAGGAGAAGAACCUAUUCUCCGUGGCAGUAAUAUGAAGAAAUUCCCAUGGAAGGGCGAGGAAUGGGCUGGUGCGCCGGAACUGACGUUCUCGCGUCCUGUCGUCAGCGAGAUCUCGUCGCGGGGCAACUGCAGCAGUCUUGUGAAAAGGAUCAUAGCGGAGGGUGGUUCCUUGUUUGUUCUUUGCGGGACAGGGAGGGUUGCGGCGAAACUUCACCAGGCGUGCCUCGCGGCACUGCAUGAGUCCGGGGCCUGGUGGUCACAGGAAAUAGAGCGGCUCGCCAAACUCCUUGUGGACUGUGAGAUGUCAGCGACAGAGUGGAUUGCUGGCGGUGCCAACCGAAGUGAAAGUGGACAACAUCCGGGAGAGUAUGACCAGGAAGCUGCAUCUGAUAUAGAUGCUCCCGUGGCGACAGGAGCAGCAGCAAUCGUGGGGGCCACAAAAUUGGGGUUUGAUGCGCGUGAACUUUUUCUGCCUGUGUGUAUUUAUGAUGUAAUCAUCGAGGAGCAUAAAGACAAAAAUGCUGGCGAUGAUAGUAAACAAAGAAUAACAAACAGGAGCAAUAGUGAUGACAGCUCUGAUGAUGAUGAUGACGCACUGAAAGAGGAAAAGGCCAUGCUUCAGGAAUACGUCCUGUCUGAAGUACUGGAAGAAAAUGAGCACCUUUUGCCACCGGUGGAAGGAGAACCGUUUCUGGCGUGUCUGCAGUGGCCUGACCGACGCGCAGCCGUGCUGCGGCGCAAGUUUGACUUUGAAGCGUCAUCUGUCCUGGCGUCAUUCAUGCCACUGCAAACAUCAUGCAGUGCCGCAACGGCAACCUCGUGCUCGCCAGGUUCUCUCCCACCGGGGGGCACAGCGCCUGCUGCAGAGGUGCGGACGGCCGGCGCUAUGAUGUGGGAGCCCCUUGUAGAGUGUGGCUCCGGGCGCACAUCUCUCUCUGAAACGCUGCGCCUGGAGCCGUCUCCGGAUCCGUACGUGGCGAAUCCAUUGUGUUCUGCGGCGCAUGUGAAAGCGUUCAUUGCCAAGCACGCCCUUCAGCGAUGUAGGUGA